AAAAAAUUAUUCCAUUGUGGAAUUGUUCCAAGGUUAUCGCAUCUCGACGAUACCUUCAAACACCACAAUCGUCAUCAUGCUGCCGAGCAGGGGAUUAUCGAGAUCAAAUCCGGCUUCCGCUCUGCGGCUUGCUGGGUCUGUUCGGACACAGUCGAUUCGACCCUCACAAGUUCCCCUACGCUAUUUCUCUCAGGCACAAUCUCGAUCUACACUGCUGAAUCGAUCCAGAACCGCAUCUUCUACGCCUAUAUCUCUAAUCGGUUCUCGCCCCGUUCUUGCGGCUACCACAUCCAGCAUCUUUACCCAAAAUUCCGGAGCUUCGCGAAACUUAUCGCUAUGGCCCUUCUCUUCCAAGCCGAAAUCUCCCGCCGAGACGGAAUUCAAGUCCUCUGCCGAGGCGCAGCCUACUUCAGCUACCUUUUCGGAGCCGUUUGAACCUGAUGCGCCCCUAGAAGCCUCAGCGCAAGAACCCCUAACACAAGAUGACCUAGCCUCGGCGCAAGACCAACUGGAUUCUCCCGCCGAUCUAGGAUUACCGUCCAUUCUUGAUAUGCCCGAACAGAUAGGAUACCUCAAGUCCAUCGGCUUAGAUUUCGGAUGGGGACCUACGGCCAUGUGCGAAUGGGCCGUCGAACAUAUCUAUAUAUACACCGGCAUGCCCUGGUGGGCGGUCUUAACCACCAUGGCUUUCGCAUGGCGUGCCGCCUUAUUCGUGCCCACCCUCAAAGGUAGCAAGCAUCAGGCGAUGUUGCAAAAGCUCACCAGAGAUCCGGCUUACAUACAAGCCAAGGAGGAGUUCGACGAAGCCGUCUACAAAUCCCGCGACAUGGUCGCCCAGAAGAAGGCGCGUGACAAGUUGAUGGCCCUCAAGAAGGCGUCGGGCGCCAGCACGAUAGGCUCUUUGGCCACGUUAUGGUCUUUCCCUUUCAGCUGGGGAAUGUUUCGACUAUUGCGAAACAUGUCCGCCAUCCCCGUGCCCAGCUUGGAGACGGGAGGCAUGUUAUGGUUCACGGACUUCACCAUCCACGACCCCUACUUCAUACUCCCCUUCACCUCCGUCACCAUCACGACUCUCAUGAUCAAGCAAACCCAAGCUGCCACCCAAGGCGCACAGUUAAACCCACAAGCCGCGCUGAUACAAAAAGGAAUGUUGUACGGUAUGCCUCCCGUAAUGUUCUUAGCCACGGCCUGGCUACCAGCCGGCCUGCAGUGGUUCUUCCUAAUGUUCAGCGCCGCGGCCGUCGUCCAGUCGUCCGCGACCCUCAACCCGGCCAUACGUCGCUGGGUCGGCAUGCCCACCCUCGCAUCCCUACACCCAAAGACCGCGCCGUCCGCCAACGAGGCCGGCGCCACGUACACGAGUCCUUCCUCGGGCAGGAGCGGAUUCAUAGAUUCCAUGAUGAACUCGCCCACCAAGCAGAAGUGGAAGAAGGCCAAGGAGUACGAGGAGCGCAGGAGCGCGGAGGAAGACGAGGAGGCCGAACGACGGAUGGACGAGAUACGUCGGAAACGCGCCGAGAGGCAGCGGUCUUGAAAGUCGAAAUGAAAGUCGAAUGAUCGACCGCUCGCUCACCCGGUUUUGGCGUAUGGCGUGGAAACGGGAGCAGAAGCCAGGAUUGUACCAUUACGUAGACGGAAUACUCUCUCAUCCCCCUUUUCCUACGAAGCGUAUUCGCCGCCGCCGACGCUGACGCCUGAGAAAGAAAGAAAGGCGAGUUGGCUUAAGUGAUGAGGUGUUGCUCACGAUAUUGGAAUUGCAUUGUACACUACCUAGGUACAUAUAUGUAUAUAAUGUGCAAUAGUAAGAUGAUCUCGAAUCAAGUCAUCGGCUGGUUGCUUGUGUACAUGCACAGCUACCUAUGUAGUCAACUCACUCACUACCACUACUUCGAAUAUAUUCACAAGGGAAAAGUGUCACGUCUAGACAAG